AUGCCACAAAACACACAGCCGUCUUGUACAAGUAAUGAGCCUCGACAGAAUUCUCUCUCGGAGCACCAUGGGGGCCCGCUGUCCCCCACCGACUCGGUGUACGAGGUCGCACGGCGUGCCGUCGACUUUCUUGAUGUUCACAAGACUCAGGAUACAGCGCCUGGUAUCAACGGUCCUCAACUGGUGGCUGCUACUACUCAUCUCGGGGAGCUGAGGGCUCGGGAAAGAUGUAACAUUAUGCGGACACCUCCUGCAAGCCAUAGCAGUGCACAAACAUCUCCUUCAAGCAACGGCACAGCGCACGAGCUCGCAACGACCACGCCCGAGCUCGCAACCCUUCAAUGGGCCACGCCCAAAGUCAAAGUCAGCGGCAGCUCGACGACGGGCGAUGCUCAAGCAUUCAGUGACAUAUACGCUGCCGGCUGCGAAUCCACAAACCCCCGCCGCUCCAGAGCAACCGGCGGUUUACAAUCCAGUAACGACUCCAAAUCAAGUACACCCUCCACGCCCAGAAGUGGUUUCCCAAUCGGCCAGGACUUUACGACAAGAGACACCUCUACACUCCGUGAUGGCUCUACGUCCGGGGCCUCCUUCACGGUCAUCCAUGGCACCACAGAGCAUGGCAAAUGCACGGCCGCCAGCGAGAUGGCAGCCUAUAUAUCCGAAACCCACCCAUCCACAAUCUACGUCACAGCCGCCAGCGACUUCACAGCAGGCGAUCCCAGAGACAAACAGAGAGCGUGGUCGCCGUCUCAGAAGAGAAGCGCAGCUCAGAAAAGAAGCUUCCCUUCGGCGCCGACAUAG